AACACUUCAUCACCAAUUUUCCUCCAUUCUACAUUUAAUCGUCAGUAAAUAAACAUCUUAAUAAUUAUUUCACUACUAUUCAAGAUGGUCCUACGAGAAUUAACAUUUCUCACUGUUUUAUUAAUUGUUUCGUGUGUUCAUACAAACGCACGAUCUUUUGAUGGCAUACGCAGCGAUGUCAUUGAAACUAAAUACGUGCCUGACCCGUCAGAAACAAAAAAUAUCCAAGGACAAGAUUCCUUCGACGUUAACGAUGAUAUCGCCAACGCGAAGAAACCUGGAUGGAUGGUGAGAACUUACAGAAAAUUCACAAAUGUUUUUAAACGCCCCAAACACAUAGAAACACCGGAAACGGAAAUAAGUAGCGAUGAAAUUGAUCAAAAUGCAAACCAGAAAAAAACUCAACUAAUGCGUUUCGGUGAUAUAACAUCAAGAGUAAGCAACAGUCUAGGCGGAUCUGCAAUGCGGGUUGCCGGAGUCAUCGAGAAGUUAUGCAAAAUGUUAAAAACUGUCAUCCCAAUCGUCGCAGCUGUCUGCAACGUGGGACAAUUCAAGUUUUGCAUGUCUGCUGAUGCACCACUUGAAUUAGGCGAGGCUAUGAAUCGUCCUUUGGACUUAAACUCACCAGAUAAAUAAAUUCAUCACUAUAUUCAACUUAUUAACACUUUUUUCAAUGAUUUGUAUUCAUUUAAUUUAAUAAAUCACUUUGUAAAAUUGUGAAAUUUUAAAAUUAAGAUCAACUCUAAACAA